CGUAAAUCUUGUACAUACAAUACACAAAAAGUAUAGGAAUCUGUAAGAAUCUAAGCUCUGUUAAUGUAGCAAUUAUGUAUAAGAUGGCGCUACGAAAAAAAUUAAAUAAACAUCAAAAAUUCAGGAGCGUAAUGGCCCGUUUGAAACUUUCCUUAGGAAAUUUCGGUACUUGACAAAUAUGAGUUUAUUAGGGGUCCGGACAAAUAAUCCCCGGACAAAUAAUCCCGGACAAAAAAUCCCCACAAAUUAUCCCCGGACAAAAAUCCAAGGAAAAAAAAUCCCCACAAAUAAUCCUCACAAAUAAUUCCCACAAAUAAUCCCCGGACAAAUAAUCCCCACAAAAAAUCCCGGACAGAUAAUCCCCACAAUUUUUUUUUGACAAAAUAUCCCCGCAAAAAAUCCCCAAGAAAUAUUUUUGCCGAAUAAAGUUGUCAAAUGAAUGCUUAUAAUCCAAGGAUGGUACUAAAGAUGAGAAAUUUAGACUGUCUGUCCGUCGGUACGUCCGACCGCGCAUAUAACUACUCCGUCAUUAUGCCAGGUAGAAUGACACAUGAGGGGUCGAAUGAACGGUUAUAAUCCAACAAUGGUAUUGUCGAAGCGAAGAUCGGUGGAAUAUGGGCAUUUUAUCAAUGAAAUUCGAUAUUUUUAAGAUAUUCCAGAAGCCGCUACAGAUAAAAUGUUUUAACGACCUAUUAAUCAUUCAUAAUUACUGAACGGAUAUUAGUACAGUUAAAAUAAUUAAGACGAUAACCGGACAACAUUGAUUUAAUGAGUAAAAUUUAGUUUUUUUUACUUUAAUGACAAAAAAAGCAAGCCCAUUAGCAGAACCCAAUUAAAAAUUAUUUUGCACACCAUAUUUGAAACAUUAUUUGGUUGAAAAAUCUCAUUUUUGUUGGCAAAAAAAUAUAUUAAUUUGUUUGGACUAAAUUACAGUUGUGCUUAUCUUAAAAAGGAUAUGUUACUAUCAACAUUCGCACAGUGUUGCCAAACUGAAUUUUGUUAUUUUGGGUGUAAAUUUUUUCCACGGAUCUCCGAGGGUACAAUACCUAAUUUUAUUCCAAUUUUUUUUUCAUAAUUUAACAAAUUAUGAUUGCCGCAUGUUUAUUAAGGAAUUAAUAACUAAUGGGGAGUAUGUAUCAGCUAUUGCGCAAACUAAAGAAAAAUAUAUUACUUUUUCGAAAUCUAUUCUAGUACACAAAAAUGAUGAUUUAAAACAACAUAAUGUUUAUUUAAAAUUGAGGUUUGUAGAUUCAUUUAGAUUUUUAGCAAAGUCUUUAGAUAAAUUAAGCCAAACAUUAGAGUCUAGUCAAUGCAAUGAAAUAAGAAAAUAUUUCCCAGGUGAAAAAGAGUUUGGUUUAUUGCGCCGAAAGGGUGUAUUUCCAUAUACAUUUAUUGAUAGUUACAUGAAAUUAGAUGAAAGACAUUUACCAUCGAAAGAAAAUUUUUAUGAUAAUUUAAGGGGGGAACAUAUUACUACACAAGAUUAUAAGAGAGCCCAAGAGGUGUGGAAACAUUUUAACUGUCAAUCUAUGGGAGAUUACGGAAUGCUAUAUUUAAAGUCAGAUGUGCUUUUACUGGCUGAUAUAUUUGAAAAUUUUAGAAAGGUUUGCCUCAAAGAAUAUAAACUGGAUCCUGCACACUAUGUUACAGCACCAUCUCUAACUUGGGAUGCCAUGUUAAAAUAUACCGAUAUCGAGCUUCAACUUUUAACGGAUGUUGACAUGGUACACUUUUUUAAAAACGGUAUUCGGGGAGGUGUGGCCACUUGUACGAAGCGGAAAAAUAUUGCAAAUAACAGAUUUUUAAGUAAUUUUGACCCAAAAAAACCAGAAACUUACAUUAUGUAUUUAGAUGCCACCAAUCUGUACGGUGCAGCCAUGAGUCAGCCUCUUCCUUGGAAAAAUUUUAGAUGGUUGAGUGAUCAGGAAAUUGAGCAAUUUAAUGUUUUUGAUAUUGAUGAUGAUAGCGAAAAAGGCUAUGUGCUGGAAGUAGAUUUACAUUAUCCACCCAAUAUUCAUGAACAACAUAAUGAUCUUCCGUUUUGCCCCGAAUCAAUAAUUCCACCCAAAGGUAAAUAUAUAAAACUCAUUCCUAAUUUAUAUGAUAAAAAAAAAUAUGUCAUACAUUAUAGAAAUUUAAAACAAUGUAUACAAUAUGGAUUAAGACUAGAAAAAGUGUACAGAAUAAUAGAGUUCUCCCAAUCUCUCUGGUUAAAAAAAUAUAUUGAUUUGAACACUUCUCUCAGAAACAAAGCCACAAAUGAAUUCGAGCGUGAUCUGUUUAAGCUUCUUGUCAACGCUAUAUUCGGAAAGUCUCUAGAAGCGGUUGAUAAACGGAAAGAUAUUCGCCUUUUAUCUCAAUGGGAAAAUAGCCGUGGAAGGCUUGGUGCAAAGUCUUUGAUUGCUAAACCAGAAUUCAACUCACUAUCAGUAUUUAACGAAAAUUUAGUUGCAAUUCAUUUAAAUGAAACUAAAAUUAUUUACGAUAAACCUUUAUAUAUUGGUUUUUCUAUUCUAGAUAUUUCUAAGACAUUCAUAUAUGAUUUUUUCUACGGGUAUAUUAAAAACAACUACUGUGAUAAUGCUAAUCUUUUUUAUACAGAUACUGACUCACUUAUUCUAGAAGUACAAACACCAAACUUUUAUGAUGAUAUGAAUAAAAAUCUGUAUCACUUUGAUACAUCCAAUUAUUCGGAAAAUAAUCAACAUAGGGUACACAAGACAAAAUCUAUACUUGGAAAGAUGAAAAAUGAGUUUCCAAACACCACUAUUAAAGCAUUUUACGGUACCAGAGCUAAAGCUUAUUGCAUUGAGGCUGACACAAUUUAAAAAAAGCGAAAGGUGUUUCCACACAUGUUGUUAAAAAUCAGCUACAUUUAAAUGAUUAUGUGUUCAUAAUCAUGAACAACGUUCAGAACAACGAAACCAUUUUUAGAAAAAUGUAUUUUUUUAGAUCGGAUAUGUAUACUGUUUAUACCGAAUUGAAAAAUAAGGUUUCACUAACAUCUCGUGAUGAUAAAAGAUAUAUUAUACCUGGGGAUGUAUCUACUUUGGCUUGGGGUCAUCUGUUAAUUAAUCAGCAUGAUGGUAAUAUAGAUGAGCUUUUAUUUUGAGCGAAUGAGUUGAUAAAUGCUCCUACACUAGAUGAUUUAGAUAAUAUCCCCAAUGAGGAACUGUUUCAAGUUGCAGCGUUCCAUUACGGCUCCUACUUAUAAAUAGUUUUUUGUUAUCUGUGAUUAUAUUUAGGAAUUAAGAAUAUGUAUUUUGUUAUGUAUUAAUAAAACACUUGUAUAUUAACAUAUUUUUUUAUUUAACCCUUUAAACAAUUCUAAUAAUAGGGAAAGUAUUGAGAAAGUUGAACAUAUAGCUAUAUAAUAACGUAUUAGUGGCAUGACUUUAUCCUUAUUAGGUAUUUCAUUAUAAGGUUCUAACCACCCGGAAUCAGUGGUUUUUUCACUAACAUGUCUAAAACGUAAUUUAUAUUUAGUGCUGUGUAAUGGUAUUUCAGCUUGUAAAGUUGGUAAAAAAUUGUUUUCCGGAUAUGAUUCCAUUCUUAUCCAUUUCGACGGCCAUGUGUCAUUUAGUUCGCCAUUACUAUCAAAACAUAUAAAAGUUUCUCUGAUAUGAACUGGUUGCUGAAUUAAGAGCAAAUUUCCUAAAAUUGCUUGUAAAACAAUAAAGUUUAUUGAUACCAUUAUAAUAAACUCUACCAAGAUUUGGGUAUCUAUUUAUAGUAAACCUAACUCUGGGCGUGGGGAGUCCCAUGGAUGUGGUGGAGAUUCCAAUAACCCAUCAUGAUAACCUACUAAUCGAUGAGAUAAUCCCAUAGGUCUAGUCUCACUACAAAAUGCACAAAAUUCAAAUACUAAUUUCCAUCCUUUAAAUAUUAAGUUUCUUGGAAUAAGUUUAGUUUCAGACACUUUACGACAAAUAAGACACAGCUUUUGUUGUACAAUAUACACAGGGAGUCUCAAAAAUGUUUUCCACUCCUCACCACUAUUGUUAAGCAGAUUAUCCAUAUUAUCCCAAUAUUUAUAUGGGGAUAUAAAUCACAAAAUCAACACAAAACUAAACUAUAAGUAUGUGAACUUGUAAUAUUCAACAGGAAUGAGUGCCCAUGUGAACAAGUUUCAACAGGAAUGAGUGAUGCCCGCGAGCUGAUAAAGUCUCAUAUACUGCCCGGUACAAUCUAGUUACAUUAUAAGCGGAGUGGGAGGAGGAGGGGCACCUGUAUCCGGUAUCAAUGGGAGUAGGGAGGAUAUAAAAGGAUAGAACCAUCGUUAAUGUAAACACUAUGAGCACAAGAAAGUUUCGUGAACGAGUUGAUCAGUUUAGUACAGGUAUUAACAGAAUAAAACGUGAUAUUUUAGUUUAUGAAAAAACAAAAAAUAUUAAACAGUUAAAGAAAAGUAUUAACCAGUUAAUACGUAAAUAUAAAAAGCUAAAGAAUAUAUGUUUAAAAAAUUUUCAAAACUAUGUUUAAGUGAUGCGCUUGCGUAGUGGAAAAGUUUACACACCAAAAUUAAACGAAGAUACAAGAUUAUUUUUUCUCUCCAGAGAAGAAGAGCAAAAGUGGAUAGACUUGGUGUUUAAAAACAUUAACCGUUUUAAUAAAGAUGAAUUGUUGCCACCGCUCUCGCCUAAUGGCACAGCAUCCGAAAAAACCUUUGUACAUGUUUACAACCACAGAAUUGGAAAACUUUAGCAUAGAAUAUAUUAGAAAAUUUGUGGAUCCAUAUGAACUACUUCAGUCUUGGUACAUACUACCCACGAAAUUUGUCCAGGAUUCUGAAAUUCAAACUCGACUUCCGUGUUUUGUUCAUUUCAAUCGUCCUGAGUGGAGAACAGAGUUAGAAGGAGUUG